UAAAAGAGCCGACUGUGGUUGCUCUGUGCCUGAUUAUCAGGGGAAAGGGGGAAGGAAGGACACAGAUAGGAAACAAUCACAGGACAGGAGCAUCCAGCAGUAAGAGUGUCAAGACGGCUCCUCUGGGAACUUUCAUUCCUGCACUCUUCCCAUUCCUCACGUCGCAGCUGUGGUCCAUUAUGUACCGGGCAGUGGUGCUGCUGACUCUCGUCAGCACGAGCGCGGCUCUGAAACCCGAGUGGAUCCCGGAGGAUUAUCAUAUGACAGAGGCAGGGGCUGAUAGCUUCGUGAGAGACUACAACUCAACCGCCGAGGAGGUCUUCUACUUCAGCACAGAGGCCAGCUGGAACUACAACACCAACCUGACAGAUCACAAUGCGCAGCUGCAGGUUGCUGCAUCUUUGGAGGAGCAGGCUUUCACAGAGGCAUGGGGUCAAAAAGCAAAGGCUACCUUCAGUGAUUCGGUCAUGGAGAGCUUCACUAAUCCAGACCUGAAGAAAAUCAUCAGUAAGAUCAAAGUUCUGGGACCCGCCAAUCUCCCAACCGCAGAGAGAGAGCGGUACAAUACCAUUCUGAGCCAGAUGGACAGCAUCUACUCAAAAGCAAAGGUGUGUCCCCCUUCAGAGGAAUGCUGGUCUUUGGAGCCUGAGCUCACAGAAAUCAUGGCUACCUCAAGAAGCUAUAAGAGGCUUCUGUAUGCCUGGGAAGGCUGGCACAACGCCUCAGGGGUCCCACUCAGAUCCCUCUACCCUGAGUUUGUGGAGCUCAGCAACAAUGCAUCUCGGAUGGACGGCUUUGACGAUACAGGCAAUUACUGGCAAUCCUGGUACGACUCUCCGACCUUUGAGCAAGACCUAGAGAAUCUGUUUAAACAGCUUGAGCCUCUCUACCAAAACCUGCAUGCUUUUGUUCGCCGAAAGCUCUACAACUACUAUGGUCCUAAAUACAUCAACCUCAAGGGUCCCAUCCCCGCCCACCUCUUGGGCAAUAUGUGGUCACAAACGUGGAACAACAUUUACAACAUGAUGAUCCCUUUUCCUGACAAGCCCAAUGUAGAUGUGACAAACACCAUGCUUGCUAAAGGUUAUAAUGCUACUCACAUGUUCCGGGUGGCUGAGGAGUUCUUCGCCUCUCUGGGUUUGCUCGAAAUGCCUCCUGAGUUUUGGGACAAGGCCAUGCUGGAGAAACCCACUGACGGAAGGGAUGUGGUCUGCCAUGCCUCUGCCUGGGACUUCUACAAUCGCAAAGACUUCAGAAUCAAACAGUGCACCACUGUGACUAUGGAGCAGCUUUUCACCGUGCAUCACGAGAUGGGCCAUGUGGAAUAUUACCUCCAGUACAAAGAGCAGCCUGUCAGCUUCAGGAGCGGAGCCAAUCCUGGCUUCCAUGAGGCCAUAGGGGAUGUGCUGUCUCUGUCUGUGUCCACACCCAAGCAUCUCCACACCAUCGGUCUCCUGGACCAACUGACCGAUGAUGCUGAGAGUGACAUCAACUACCUAUUAAAGAUGGCUUUGGAAAAGAUCGCCUUCCUUCCUUUUGGAUACCUUAUUGAUCAGUGGCGCUGGGGUGUGUUUAGUGGACAAACACCGCCUGAACGUUACAAUGCAGAAUGGUGGUACCUCAGGACAAAAUACCAAGGCAUCUGUCCACCAACCAGACGUACAGAGGAGCAUUUUGAUGCUGGAGCGAAAUAUCACAUUCCUGGAAACACACCGUACAUCAGAUACUUUGUGAGCUUCAUUCUGCAGUUCCAGUUCCAUCAGAAAUUAUGUCAGGCGGCUGGACAUACCGGACCUCUGCACAAAUGCGAUAUCUACAGAUCAAAAGAGGCUGGAGCUGUUUUAGAGAAAGUCUUGAAGGCUGGCUCUUCAAAGCCUUGGACAGAAGUGCUACAAGAGGCCCUGGGCACUGACAAAAUGGACGCCAACCCCCUGAUGAGCUAUUUUGAGCCAGUUACUACCUGGCUGCAGGAACAGAACGCGAAAACGGGAGAGACGCUGGGCUGGCCUGAUUUUAAUUGGGUGCCACCAGUACCAGAAGGCUACCCUGAAGACAUCGGUAAAAUAACAGAUGAGAUGCUGGCCAAGCAGUUCUUAGAGGAAUACAACAGCACAGCGGAGGAGGUCUGGAACGCUUACACUGAGGCCUCCUGGACCUACAACACUGACAUCACUGAAGCCAACAAGCAGAUCAUGCUGCAAAAAAACUUGGAGAUGGCCAACCACACAAAGAACUAUGGACUAGAGGCCCGCAAGUUCGACACCAGCGACUUCCAGGACGAGUCGGUGAAGAGAAUCCUGACCAAACUGAGUGACCUUGAGAGAGCUGCACUUUCUGAAGAUGAUCUUAUAGAGUACAAUAAUUUGCUAGCAUCCAUGGAGACCCUGUACAGUGUAGCCACAGUCUGCAAGGAUCCAUCAACUUGUCUGCCUCUAGAUCCAGAUCUGAAUAAGAUCAUGGCCGAGUCCAGGGAUUACGAUGAGCUGCUGUUCGCCUGGCAGGGUUGGCGUAAUGCCUCGGGCAGAGAGCUCCGCAACAGCUACAAGAGAUAUGUGGAGCUUGCCAACUUAGCUGCAAAGAGCAAUGGUCACACGGAUAAUGGGGCAUUCUGGCGUUCUCUGUAUGAGACCCCCACCUUUGAAGAGGAUCUGGAGGCCUUGUGGAAAGAUCUAGAACCGCUCUACCUCAACGUUCAUGCCUAUGUGCGCAGGGCACUGUACAAGAAAUAUGGACCAGAACGAAUCAACCUUAAAGGACCCAUUUCAGCUCAUCUGCUCGGAAAUAUGUGGGCCCAAACGUGGUCUGGUAUCAUGGAUCUUGUCAUUCCAUACCCUGAUGCCACACAAGUGGAUGCCACACCGGCCAUGAUUGCUCAAGGUUGGGACCCUAAGCGGAUGUUCGAGGAAUCGGACCGGUUCUUCACUUCUAUAGGUCUACUGCCCAUGCCUCCAGAGUUCUGGAACAAGUCCAUGCUGGAAAAGCCAACAGAUGGACGUGAAGUUGUCUGUCAUGCUUCUGCUUGGGACUUCUACAACCGCAAAGACUUCAGGAUCAAGCAGUGCACGGUGGUGACCAUGGACGACCUCAUCACCGUGCACCAUGAGAUGGGCCACGUUCAGUACUUCCUGCAGUAUAAGGAUCGACCCAUCUCUUUCCGCGACGGCGCCAACCCUGGAUUCCACGAGGCCAUCGGUGACGUACUGGCCCUGUCCGUUUCCACACCUAAACAUCUCCAGAGCAUUGGCCUGCUGGACAAGGUGGACGACAAUAAAGAAAGCACCAUCAACUUCCUGAUGAGCAUUGCCUUGGAUAAGAUUGCCUUCCUGCCUUUUGGUUACCUAAUGGACCAGUGGAGGUGGAAGGUGUUUGAUGGAAGGAUCUCAAGCUCAGAGUACAACAAAGAAUGGUGGAACCUGAGAAUGAAGUACCAGGGAUUGUGUCCACCUGUACCGCGCACUGAGGAAGACUUCGACCCUGGUGCAAAGUUCCACAUCCCAGCUAAUGUGCCCUACGUCAGGUACUUUGUGAGUUUUGUAAUCCAGUUCCAGUUCCACAAAGCCCUGUGUGAAGCCGCCGGUCAGCCAGCUCCGCUCCACAACUGUGACAUCUACCAUUCCAAAGAAGCAGGGAAACUCCUGGGUGAUGUGAUGAAGAUGGGCUUCAGUAAACCCUGGCCCGAAGCCAUGACUUUGAUUACUGGCCAGCCCAAAAUGUCAGUCCAGCCUCUGAUGGAGUAUUUCCAACCGCUCAUCCAGUGGCUUGAAGAGGAGAACAAAAAGAACGGUGAUGUCCUGGGAUGGCCAGAGUACGAUUGGACGCCUUACAAAAUCACUGCAGUGAUGGAAGAGAAGCCGAAAGCAGUCAGUUUCCUGGGUUUGAGUGUGGAUGAGGCAGGCGCUCUGGCAGGACAGUGGAUUCUCCUGGUUCUGAGCAUCGUCUUCCUGCUUGGCAUCAUCUAUUUAGUCUACAGAUACAGGAAGACUAAACGCUUACAGGACAAAUCAAUGUCUCAGAUGGAGCUUAAGUAAAAUCCUUAAAAAGGAACACAUUCUAUUCUUACCAUGCAGUCAUUACUUUUUGACAAAAUCCACCUCUUUUUGAAUGUAUAUUUAUUAUUUUUGGUCAAAUUUGUUUGACUAUGCAAUGAAAGGUGACUUGUAAUUUAUUUGUAAAAAAAAAAAAAAAUUAAAUGUUUGACUGCUGUUUUCAAGUAUUUGUAUAGUCUUAGCUGUAUGCAAUUCUGAUUGAUUUUACUGGUAAACCUUUAUAGAAUAUAAAGAAUUAUA